GUGGUUCUGACGUAUUUCGGCAGAAAAAUCUUCCAUUCGGUCUUCUGUUUCUCCGUCCGCUCGCCGUUCCACCCUUCUCGCCAGUUCGUGGCUUCUGCCGUCGUGUGACUCGGGCGCCGGAGAGACGGACAAGGGCAGGUGCGACAGCGUCUGUCAGGUUUCUUCCGUUCUUCUUCGUGGUUUCCUCAGUGUCGUUUCCGCCGCGGUCUCCCGCCCCCUCCAACUUGCUAUUGUCGACGCGAUGGCGGACCGGAAGGUUCUAGUUAGGUACUACCCGCCCGACUUCGACUUUGACGUGCUGCGACAGAAAAAGCGCGUUCUCUACCGGGCCAAGGAGUUGCAGCACGGCAAGAAGCCGCGUCAAACGGGAAUGAGCAAAAUUAUGCAUGUCAGAAUGAUGUUUCCCUUCACUCUGCAGUGCGCAUCCUGCAAAGAAUUCGUCUACGUCGGAACGAAAUUCAACUCUCGCGUGGAGCGUGUCCAGGGAGAAGAUUAUCUUGGCAUUGUCAAGUGGCGAUUCUACGGACGAUGUCCGAACUGCCGGGGAGAGAUUUGCUUCAAGACUGAUCCAAAGAACGGAGACUAUGUGCUCGAGUGGGGGGGCACUAGGACGUAUGACCCUAUGAGGGAUCAACAACUGGCAGAAGAGCGCCUGCGAAAAGAGCGAGAGGAAGAGUUGGAGGGCGACCGCAUGAAACAAGUCGAAGCGAAAACAUACAACGUGCAGAACGAGCUGGCCGCGCUGGAGCAGCUCGAGGAGCUCAGGAAAAUGAAUCGCCGCCUGGUCGACCGCGAAGCGGCCACCGAACAGGCUCUCCAGUUUCUGAGACAGAACGAAGUGAACCGCGAGGAAGACGCCGACGAGUGGGACGCCGAGGAGCGGACCGAGUUGAUGAAGUUCAUGCAGAUGCAGCGGGAGCUUCGGGAUCGGGAAGACGAAGAGCCGGAGUCUGAGGAGGAGGAGAGCGUCCAAAAUCCUAGCGCGCCACGGUCCCGGUCGUCUUCUCCAGGGAACGCCGCAAACACACAGGCAGACAGUCGGGCAAAAUCCUCUGACGCACCCUCCCACUCGUCUUUUCCACUUACAAGCUCCUCGUCCCCGGAAUCCCGUAGUGAAGCCUCGAGUCCGCGCUCGACAAGGAAAGAGAGAGGAAGCAGUCUGAGUGAGAGCGAGGGCGAGGCGUCGCUAGAUGCUGCAAGCCGUAGGGCCGAAGGCUCUCUGGGACUGAAGGCGGAAAGAAAAUCUUUUCAACUUGAAAGAGAAGACGCAGACAGGAGGACGCCGCAGAGUGCGCCGAAGGCUCCUGGGACGUCUGCUGCCGGGUCGUCCAUGUUCAUGCUCACUGCGGUGACUGGCAAGAGUCCACGGCUAGUUGUGAAGAAGAAGAAGGAAGAAAGCGACAGUUUCUCAGAUCUCUUAGGCUCCUACGCAUCUUCCUCGUCGAGCGACGAAGAAAAGACCGAGACAGACGAGGGUGCUCGGGCGAACGGACGCGAACGAGAUUCCAGUGAGACACCAAGCAGCAGCCGCGGCAGUCAGCCACACGCUUAGAGCAGCUCACUUGAAAGGCAGAAAGAAACGUGGGGGAAAAUCGAUUGGUUAGGGGAAAAACGAAAGUGCUCUAGACUGCGCAAAAAACGGUGAAAACUUGGUCGGACUCAAGGUGCGCAUAAGGGAAUCAAAACCCGAGUGUGACGGAACGUCUCAGCGGAGAAAAGUGAAGAAGAAAGCCGGACUCGCUUUCUCGAACCUGCUCACUGUUUUGCCAUCUGUGGAGGAGCUCCUUGGAGGGCUCGCUGGAUGGUUGGGGAAUCGACAGCGUGGUUGGGAGACCACGGCUGUAAACUUGUUUUUGAUCUUUUUAAGAACGCUUCGUCACAAACUCCGCACACGUGAGGCAUCAGUGCCCACGCCGCGUGGACUUGCAAGCGACGAGGAAGCGUGUGCACAAAGUUCGUUGGGCUGGCUUCAGAGACUGUCCCAUCAACAAGCCCUUAGUGCAACGUGAAAGCCACUCCUGCAGCUAUCCAAGCGUUGUUCUGGCAACUACUCAAUCAGGAAAGCAACCUGUGCUGCAAGCAUGCCGACCACGGCAAUCUGUUGUGUCUCUCCCAUUGAUUCGGUGAGGCGACGCAAUACUGGUAUUCUUUUGCUAUCAAGUGCGCUGGCACAGAACACAAGUAGGCCAGCCCAUCAGCAAAUAAUCCACACCAUAAUCUCCCUUGUUUCGGAAAACAUAUGCGAAACUUCAUGCUUUCCUCCUAAUGUGCUCGUUCCUCGUAAAAAGUACCGUAGAACCUGGCUCCGCUGGAGCGCUUUGCGCGGACUGUGUUAGUUGAUGUCUGCAGGAAUUUGAUACAGUUCCCACAUACGUUCGGGUUAUCAGAGGAGCUGACAAACUCCCAGUCUCCCACCAAGAAAGAAAUGCCUCUGAGAAACAAACACUCCUCUCGAACAAGCGUACAAAAAUGCUGAUGGCUGCCAGCCUUCCCCGGGCUACCCUGCACGAAGGACUACCGGACGCACCGUACAGUUCUGAAGGCAGGUGGCAACUUGUGUUCCUGCGCGAAUAAACGGCAACCCUUCUCUCAUCAGACAAGAAUCUUGCCACUGGAGGCAGAUAUACCCGUGCAGAGCUGUUAGCGUUACCGAGCAGAUGAAUUUCGAUCAAGAUCUGCUUCCGCCUUUGCGCCGGAGUGCCCGCACACACCCGCAGAAAGCAAAAUGCAAGUGCUUCCACUUCGUACUGACCCAAAUCGGCACCGCACGGCCGAGGCAAAAUUACGAAAAAAGCGACAGGCUUUGCAAACAUCGGCAUGACAAAGCCGGAGUCGAAAUCCUCCAGUCCAGUUUGCUUUGAGGACCUCCUUAAGCCUGCACAAAUGUAGUCAACGAACUGCAACAUGACUCAACCCGACAAAAGCGGCAUUACCAAAUUCAUUGUCGCCUUUUCAAUUGUAAUCGGCAUCAGACCCGACACCAGACUGGAAUUACACAUGCCACGGGGGAACGGGGUUUCGCCGCUCAUCUCGGCGAGAGCGGGGUAUGAACGAAUAACAGCUACUUUGCACGGCAGAACCCCUUACUGUCUUAUGCGUCAACACUAAAUACAGCUACUCGCAUUGACAGCGAGAGGAAAUUAGUACACAAAUGCUAGUAGGAUCAGCACCGGCAUGCAGGGAGUAAUCAGCUCUGAGAUUGCACAGCAAAUCUCCUGCCGAAACGCCGCGACGCUUCGCUACAUUUACAGUGUGUGCCUGAUGAGACAGAGUGGUUACCUGCAUAACAUCUGCCCAACACAUCUGACAUUCCUUCAUUGACAACAUUUCUAGAGACCCGAUAUCCUUACACAAAACAGCUCUGCGCAAAAAACGCACAGACGCUCUGCCGCGGUCCACGUGAGAGAUCUCAACUUGGUCACAGAGACAAAUGCCCCAUCAUCACCGAUGCGUCUAUGUGAGGCGUAGUAGCAUCCAACGCCCUAAUCGCUGGCAGUUGGCGGCGCGACGAAAAAAGUCAUAGUGGCUCACAGGACAUAACUGAGAUUCGCCAUCGACUUCAGGAAAUGCCGGAAAUGCCAUGAAAAACGAUUCACCGGCCAAAAAGCCAGGGAAGGCACACACCGCACCUGUGCCGCUGUUAACUAUGCGUCAACAUUUUCCUUAGCUCUUCAGAGUCAAGAAGUCUGACGGCGGCAAGCUGCGUUCGUUUUGCAUUUUGCAACUCCCGAUUGACUUGUUCGCGAAGGCUCGCGGUCAUUCGUGGUCGUUGGUUUACGUUUCGUGCGAUCCCUCGAGUCUGUUCCAUAAGGGCUUUCAAAUCUUUACGAGCUUCUUGCCUAUCCGCCGUGACACUGGCCUUGGCCGCAGAAGCUUCGUUCGCUGCUAAAAUUAGUUCCCUAAAUGCAACAGGCUCGCCACGUUUCUCCCUUUCAACGAGCCCGCUGUACCUGGUAAUAGGUCCACUUGCUGUUUCCAUACGGAACCGGAGCAGGUCCGAAUUAAAGUUCACAGCUUCCAUCCUUGCUUUCAGGUUUAGUAAUUCUGAUCGCAAUACAGGAUCAUCACUUGCGGAGGCAGCACACGCGCAUAUGGCGUAGAAAGCUGCAGCCAGAAAAGCGACGUUGGGUGUCGACAUGAAGUGAACCACCAUCUUACCUCUGCCGAAUGGAAGUUUAUCGGAAACCGCACCCAUGGACAUGAGAAACAGAAGCACCAUCACCGAUGUACAGCGUAGCAAUGAUGACAAAAAUCUCAACGAACAAUCGACUGUGGAACAGACAUUGUCGAACAGAAAC